AUGAGCACAAUUGCAUCUGAAUACGCCAAUGAAGUGAGCAAUACUCCAAUUGAACAUCAAUUUAAUCCAUAUAGUGACAAUGGUGGUACUAUUUUAGGUAUUGCAGGUGAAGACUUUGCAGUCUUGGCCGGUGAUACUAGACAUACUACUGAUUAUUCUAUCAAUUCUCGUUAUGAACCAAAAGUUUUCGACUGUGGAGACGAUAUUAUUAUAUCAGCAAAUGGUUUUGCAGCAGAUGGUGAAGCUUUAGUCAAGAGAUUUAAAAAUAGUAUUAAAUGGUACCAUUUUGAUAAUAACGACAAAAAAUUGGCUUUGAGUUCGGCAGCAAGAAAUAUACAACAUUUAUUGUAUGGUAAAAGAUUUUUUCCCUACUACGUUCAUACAAUUAUUGCAGGUUUAGAUGAAGAAGGUAAAGGUGCUGUAUAUUCAUUUGACCCGGUUGGAUCAUAUGAAAGAGAAUUUUGUAGGGCUGGUGGUGCAGCAGCCUCUUUGAUAAUGCCUUUCUUGGAUAACCAAGUCAAUUUCAAGAAUCAAUACACACCAGAUUCCAAUGGUAAAGUGAAGAGACCAUUUAAACAUUUGUCAAUAGAUGAAGUCAUUAAAUUAGUCAGAGAUGCAUUUACAUCAGCAACUGAAAGACAUAUUCAUGUUGGUGAUGGUUUAGAGAUUUUGAUUGUUACUAAAGAAGGUGUAAGGAAAGAAUUUUAUGAGUUAAAGAGAGAUUAA